ACGUCUGUCUUUACUCACUGUUUCUGCAUUGUGUGCAGCUCAGUAGACAGUUUCAUCAACAUCUUCAAGAUGGGUAACUUUUGAACCAUCUCUUUAACAGGGGUCAUGACUUGUUUAAAAGGGAAACACUGAAAUCAACUUGCUCUCUUAAAGAAGAGGUAAUUUUGGAGCCAUUAACUUCUUGCAUGAAGACCAAUGAGCGUCAUCAGUGAGGUGACAACUCCCACCAGCCCGACGGAGCAGAUGGACCAGCUGUCCAGUCAGUCAGGACUGGGCAGUGAUGACAUCACGGAUGAAACAACGUCCCUAGUGGACAGCAGGUGGAGCUCUGAAGAAGAUAGCUCUGACAACCAGGGACAGUGUCUGGCAGCACCGUCGGCUCCUCUGCAGAGCUACAAGCAGAAGCUCGAGGAAUUCAAGAAACUUUUCAAAGAAGUGCCUGAAUCUGAGAGACUCUUAGUGGAUUAUCCGUGCGCUCUCCAGCGGGACAUACUCCUUCAGGGACGCUUGUACCUUUCAGAGAACUGGGUCUGUUUCUACAGCAAUGUGUUUCGAGGAACGAAGAUUGCACUAACUCUUAAAGAUAUCAAAACUAUGUCCAGAGAGAAAACGGCUCGACUGAUCCCCAAUGCCAUCCAGAUCUGCACAAGUACUGAGAAGUAUUUCUUCACUUCCUUCUCUGCAAGAGAGAAAAGCUACCAGGGUGUUUUCCGUAUGUGGCAAAACACGCUGAUGGACAAGCCUCUGACCAACCAGGAGUUGUGGCAGAUGGUUAAACAGCAUUAUGGGAAUGAUCUGGGAAUGAGCCAUGAAGAGAUGGAGAGUCUACAGGUAUCGUCCGAAUCAAGCAUGCAGAGCAGCCUGCCUCAGAAGCCCGGCGGUGAUGAUGGUCUCGGGACACUGGAGCGGCCCCGCAGCCUUCGCCUCUCGAUGGAGCACAGGCCACUAGAGAGCUUGACGCCUCAAGGGGAGGAGGUGCCCUCCCCUCUUGGAUCACCAAGCAUUGCCAAGAUGCAGGAGGAGUCUCGUAACCCCCCAUCCCAGCGGCCCAGUCCUCUGCUCUCGCUGGACCGCCUCGCUCCAGAGCAGCUCUCCAAACGCUCGGCCUCUCUAGACCUCAAUGAGAAUGAGAAUGGCAUAUCCGAGGAAAGUGGCUCAGAAAGCUUGGAAGAAGUGGAGGAGCGAAUUACCGUGUCCCAGGUAUCCGGUCGCCUGUAUCUCAACAAAGUUUUCCACAUCAGUGCAGCCAAAAUGUUUGAGUUGCUCUUCACCGACUCAAGCUUCACCCGCAGGUUUAUGGACAUCCGUAAAAUGACCAAAGCCAGUUUUACCCCUUGGCAAAAAGAGGACUCUGGAGAUGCGAAGCGGAGUCUGAACUACACUGUAACCAUCACCAACCCUCUAGUUGGGAAGUUCUCCACUGCUACAGAGAAGCAGACACUGUACAAAGAAUCCAGGGAGGGUCAGUAUUACCUCGUGGAUGCAGAAGUGUACACUCAUGAUGUUCCCUAUCAUGAUUACUUUUACACACACAACCGCUACUACAUCAAAAGUAACUCCAAGAGGAAGUGUCGACUAAGAGUGUAUACUGAUGUGAGGUACAAAAAGCAGCCAUGGGGCCUGGUCAAGUCCUUCAUUACCAAAAACUCCUGGAGCGCCAUUGAGGAAUAUUUCAAACAGCUGGAAGCAGAACUGGUGGAGGAGGAAGCAGAGAUGAACCAAGCGGCUGGAGAGUCGGGCAAGAUGGGUGGGCUUCGUCGUCGAAGGAGGACUUACAGCCGGAGCGUGCAGGAACACUCAACGCCCAACCAGCAGUAUGGGCAAGACUCUGAACCACAGAGAGAUGGGAACAUGGGCCCCAUGGACGCAACAAUCCCGCCCAGGUGGAACAUCCCUAUGAUAGUUGCUGGCAUGAGCGUGAUUUUGCUGAUUCUGACGGUGCUGAAUCUGGGCUUGCUUGUUAAGCUCUGGGCCAUGGAGGAUGUUGCCCACCGCAUGUACCUGAGCGCAAAGCAUCGAAUGAGGGAGAGGGCUGAGGCCAGCUUUGCUUCAGAAUAUGGUCUCAAACCAGGACCAGGUUUAAGGACCAUUGAGGACGCAGAACUGCUGAAAACUGUACUGCAGGACUCCAUUAACCUUUUACAACAGCUCCGCACGUCUUUGAUGGCCCUCCAGCAGAACUUUGCUGUGGCCAAUGGAACGGCGGCACCGCAGUGACGCAGCCACACCUGGCACCCACAGAAAGGCGUGUCCCUGGUCCCAGUGGAAAAGCAAUGAGGCCACAGCAACACUCAGAGGAAAUCUCUUGUAUCCACAGGAUGUUGCCAUGUAAGUGUCUCGAGACCUGACACGUGCCAUGUGUUGCCAUGGGUUACUCAUCAGGUUUUUAAAGCUGCAGACUUACUGAUGCAAGGAUAAAGUUGCAUCAGAAUCAGCUGUGAUGAAACUUCUGUUUUUAAACUCCUGUUUUUAAAUGGUGGCAUGAUUUUUUUAUUUUUUUUUUGGCCAUACCUAGCUUUUUUUAAGGUGUGACAUAAAAAUACUAUUCACUUAAGUGAAUUGAUAUGUAAAUGACCUGCACAAAAGUUUUGCAAGGAUGAAUUUUAGUUUAGAUUUUAUUGUUUAUAAUAAAUAUGGACCCACACUUGAAAGUUUGUCUACUUUUAUGUGAUUGUAAACCAAUACUCUUGUGAUGUGCAAUUUUUCUGGGGUUUAAAUGGUACAGCUAAACACUUUCAAACAACUUUAAUUUAUGUUCAAUGAUCAUUCCAAGAAUGAUCAUGUAUGAUCUGUGUAUACUUUAUUAGACAUUUUGGCAUUAAAGGGAAAUGGUUAAUUAUCUGUCAACACUGCAGCCAAUUCUGUUUUCAAAUUUGAAAUUCUUAUUUUUCUGUUGAUUGUUGGUGAUGCAACCAGAAUGCCUGAGCCUUGCCUCUGCACUUGAAUGUUUGACACAGUGCAAUUUUGUUUUGGCUGUCUUUUCCCAUUGUGUUCAUACAAAAUGAGUUUACUUGCAGUUUUGUACACUGAGACAUAUUGUUUUAGUAAAUAUUCAACAGAUGUCUUUUUCUUGAUGUUUAUAGGAGGCAUUUCUUUCUUUAUAAAUUCAAUCCCAUCUUUCUUUUACAAUAGUUAAUAUAUGAAUUUACAAUAAAAGGAACCAUGUGUAACUAAUUGCUAUUUUCUCCAUACACCGAGGGAACAACUUUUGGCAUUUAAAAAUGCUAUUUUAAGCUUUUUUUUUUUUUUAAGGUGGUAAAAGCUUGGUCAUGAAUCUUGUUCUAUUUGCUAAUGGUGGAUGAAAAAAAUAGGAUUAAAUGGGGCUAAAGCCAAAUGUCUCUUUGUUGCUUUGUCACCACUGAAAUACAACACAGUUUUGUCUUUUUAUUUAGCAGUUAUCUACUCCUGGAGGAAAUAUUGCAUUUCUUCUGUGUCCCUGACACAUUUCAGAAUAAUCGUAUGCAUCUUCAGCAAGAUUGUUGGUUACAUGGCGAUUACCCUCAUUACACUUUGUAAAAGAUGCUACUUUACAAAAACCUUGAACAAGCAUUACCCUCUUAUUCAGGCUGACAAUAUUGAUAUGUAACCUAACUAUUCUAUUAAAACAUUUCUAUAGACCAUAUGAGAAAGAUGCUGCCUAAUAACUUGGACCAGUUAAAUCUGGACAUCCUUAAAAUAAAAAUUACACGACACAAACAUACAUUUUGGUCAAGUGAUUUAAGUCUACUCAUACCUGCCUUUUAACCCACCUAAAACAAAGACUGCUAUGUUGAGACUGAACAA